UUUGGUUGUUGCGAUGUUUAGCAGAUGUUUGGCCGUUUUUUCGCUCGACCGUGUGCCUCGUCUCGUUCCAUUGGUCGCUCCGUAGUGGUUUGAGAUUUUGAUUUUUUUUCCGCCCGUCCGUCUUGGUUUGACGUUUGUCAGGCGAAUCGCCGACGACGACGCAUCACAUCGAGUGAUAGUGUCUACCCGGACCGGUAAAGUAGUUGGGGCGAUUGUUUUGUACCUAUUUCAAUCUUUUCGUUUUCGUUUUUUUUUGUUUUCAUUUUUUGGUUUUUGAAAUAGAAUUUGUGUAUCUGUCUGUCACUGUUAUUGUCGUCGUUGUUUUUGUUGUUGUUAUCUUCUUAUCGCAUCCACCUUUCGUGUAAAUGAAGUUUAUCUAUGUACAGUACAUCAUCGUGGUGUCGGUUUUGUUUGGUGUUUUGCCGUCGCUAUAAUUGCGAUCAUAACGGAUUACGGCAAUAAUUUGCAUGGUCGACGGAAGUUCACUGUUCACUUGCGAAUUGCGAUACGAUACGAGAACGUGUAGACGUGAAUAAAUAAAGUACCUAUAAAGGUGUGUGUGUGUUUUUUCGAAUUAAAAGACCACAAGCAACACGAAUACUUUUAAAUAUCCACCCGUUGCCGUUACAAAGUGGAAAACAUCUUUGACGACGAACGCGACGAGCAGCGAAAAAAACGAAGACAACCCAAGAACACAUCCAUAUCAGUUUUAUAUCGGUUUUACGAGCAAAGAGCAAACAUACAUUGCACUUUGUGUAGAGAUAGUAGUUAGCCUACUACCUAUAAUUGUUGUUGUUGUUGUUGUUGUUGUUGGUGGUGUUGCUUCUGUUCAGUGUAAGUUGUGUUAUAGUAGUUGGUACUUAACUGUGACUCCUCUCUAAUGACAACCAAUCGACGGUAGGUGUGGUUGGGGCAUCAUACAUCGUGUGCACUGUCUGUCUAGCUUUUGGUUUUAUAGUGCUGCCGCCCCCUUUAACAAGUCGUUAAAACAGAGGAAAAAGAAAUAUAAAAAAAAAAAAAAACAAAAAUGAAAAUGAAAAGUAUUACAGCGUCUAUGUUUUACUUAGUUGUAAUCGAUGUCGUUUGGUCGGUUAUCGGACAGGCAACCAAUUAAAAAAAAAUCAGCUAAUGAAUCGCGCGCUUGAAUUUUAAAAACCAACCCCAAAAUUUUUUACGUGCGUCGCGUCUUGGGGGUUAGUUAUUUGCUCCAUAUUUGUUUUUUUGUUUGUUUUAAAGCAAGGGUUAACUACUUACCUGCCCAUUUAUUGGUUGUGAAGUGGUAUUUUGAAAUUAAGUGAAUAAAAUUCAUGUUAAGUUGUUGUAAAAGGUGUAGGUUUUCAAUCUUUCAUUUUAGCCAACCAAGCAAUACUCUUACAAAACUUACCUCUCUUCUUAAAUUUUGGGUAAAUUCACCUUAAAUAAUAAGUAACGAGAGAAUAGGUACUCCACACCGCUUUUACCUACAAUUUAAGGUAUUGCUACACGAUAUCUACUCAAAUAAAUUUGUAGAAGGAAUAUUUUUAAAAUACCAUUUGAAUGGUUGAGACUUUGCGCUGCGACAUGUCACAUUUUUCGCUGAGAGGAUCACCAAAUAAUCAGAACGCCGUUUCAUCGAGUCCAUCAUCUCCACCAUCCGCUGCAUCUGCCACUGUGCCAGUAUCGAUGGCUGUAACAUCAACAGUGCCGCCUGGGGCACGUAGUGCAUCGCCAUGUUCUGCGGCAACUCCAUACGGCCAACCAAAUACACGAUGCUGUGAUAGUGGACGAACAAUAUUCACCGAUCCAAUAACCGGACAAACGGUGUGUUCGUGUCAAUAUGAUUUGUUAAAUUACCCGCGAUUAGCAGCUGCCGGUGGACUAGUUACUGCCACUGGUCCCGGUGGUGUACCAUUGGGUGUAUAUCCAGAAGGUAUGGCUGCAUAUUUAUCUGGUAUGGGAGCCGAACAACCAUCUUUUUAUGCGAAUCCGGCUGGACUGGAUCUUAAAGAAAAUCUAGUCGGAGGUGGAGCGCCUUGGCCAUAUCCCUCUGUGUAUCAUCCUUAUGACGCUGCUUUUGCUGGCUACCCUUUUAAUAGUUAUGGCAUGGACUUAAAUGGUGCUAGACGAAAGAACGCAACCCGCGAAACAACAUCAACCCUUAAAGCCUGGCUGAAUGAGCAUAAGAAAAACCCUUACCCAACGAAGGGUGAGAAGAUCAUGUUGGCGAUUAUAACGAAAAUGACUUUGACUCAAGUGUCUACGUGGUUUGCGAAUGCCCGCCGGAGACUGAAAAAAGAAAAUAAAAUGACGUGGGAGCCAAGAAAUCGUGUUGAUGACGAUGACGCGAAUGUUGAUGAUGACGAUCAUAAAAGUAACGACGACAAGGAUAUGCUAGGUGACGCCAAAGAUUCUGGUCUUGGAUCGACUGAAGACAACGAUCGCCAGUCACAUCGCCUCGAUAUGCUAGACAGACCCGAAGGCAAUAACAGCGAAUGGUCUGGGUCUCGGCCCGGAAGUCCAAACGGCUCACCUGACAUAUAUGACCGCCCCGGCGGUGGUCAUCCGCUCUUCCAUCCGGCGGCGUUACAUCAUCUACGACCCCCAGCUGGUUCGCCACCCGAUCUGAGCCAUCACCUUCACCAUCCCCUUCAUCAUCCAUCGAGUGGCAGCACUAAUUCCAGCUUAGUAUCGAAGCCCCGAAUAUGGUCACUCGCCGAUAUGGCCAGCAAAGAUGGAAAGGACAGCAAAGAUGGUUCGGGGAGUGAAGGAGGCGGCAACGGGAAUCCGCCCCCACAUUCUAUAUAUGGUCACCCGCAACAACAUUCUUCACCCGGAAAAAUCCUAUCCCCACUAGCUGCCCGCAUGCCAAAUUACUCACCUUAUGCGAGGCCAGAUCUGUAUCGUGGUUUCUAUGGGCCGACAGCUGCGCAUUUGAGCGGACCCUCACAGGAAUUCCUCGAACACCACAGAUCCUUCAAUGCCCAACUGGCGGCGCACAACGGCCUCAGUAUGAAUCCGCUGCUUUGGAAAGCUGCUGUUUCAUCAGCCGGCGGCGGCCCUCCCUUCGCGCCUCUAAGUCUAACAACGAACCACCACCAUGGGGUUCCGCCGUCGGGUGCGUCACCAUCCGCCUCAAGUACAUCUUCGUCGAUCGGUUGUGAUGCUCCGCCAGCAGUCUCGUCUAAUCAGGGUCACCAAGGACAAAGUUCACGGCAUUCGACGUCCUCCUCUUCGUCGGGAAAACUCUCACCACCCAUUAACGUCACGACGACGGGCAAGCCAUGACCUUUAACACUGUCAUCAUCAUCGCCUCCAGCAUUGCAACAGCAACAACAACCACCACCACCACCACAACCGUCAUCCUCCUCAUCAGCAGUAGUAUCCACCUCGUCUUCGUCGUCGUCGUCAUCGCAACAACACUCGCAUCUCCAACCGAAUCAACUUUCCGCUUUCCGGUCGUUGGUUGCGUUUCGCGAACAGCCCAAACUAACUCUUCGGCCAUAAAUCGGUUCGGUGUUGCCGUGAUGCAAAAAAACGCUUUUUUUCUCUUUUUUCACGAAUAAAAAAAGGAUAAAGAAAUGGAAAAUCUUUCGGACAAUAAUUUACAUGUGAUUUAUUUGUAUUUCAUUCGAAAAUACAUAAUUUUUAGGAAGCGGAUGUUUAGAAAAAAAAAAAAAUUAUAAACUUAAAAACAAAUAAGAAAAAUGAAAGUCAUUUAAUCCCUUUUUGAGACAUUGUGUCCUUGUUUCUCAACACCCUGAUACCAGUUCGCGGAUUUAACUUAUGCAAUCAGAGCUUAUAGGACGUAAAUAUUCAAAAACAAAAAAAACACAAAAAAUCUUGAAAAGAAAUUCAAACAAAACAAAAGCAAAACAAAAAAAAAAACUCAAAAAGUACUAGAUUAGCAAUAAACCAAAAUGUACCAUAAUUAUAUAGCAUUGAAUUAAUUGAAUAUAAAAGAAUUUAUCUAUAAACAAAACAUUAAAAUCCUAAAAAUCGUGAGUUGUUUUAGUUAAAUUUCUCAAAUUUCAUUUUUUGAGCGGCACAUUUAUGUAUAUUAUUAUUUUUUUCGUUCUCUAAAAAAAAAAUUAUAUAAAUAAAAGUAAUUAAUUUUUGUUUCAAUUUAAUUGAAUUCUGUAUUUAUAACUAAUAAAUUCUUGUGCAUGUGUGAAAAUAUUUCGACUAAAGUUGUAUGUAAAUAUUAGUAACUAAGCCUCCCCUAAAAAAAAAAACAAGCCCAGGAUUCCUUUUGCCCUCUCCCUCGUCCUCGCCCAAGCCCCCUCGUCAAUAACUAUCCCUUGUGUGAAUUUGUAAAUUCGUCAUUUGCACCAUGUAUAUGUAAAUAUUAGAAUUUAAAAGAGAAUGUUUUUUUGUUUUCAUUGAACUAAGCCAUCAAUCGCAACCAAGUCAAGUCUGCCCCGUAAUUUAGAAGAAAAUAAAACAAAAUUACAGUAAGAUUCACUAGGUUAGAUACAUUUUUUUAAGAAUGUUUUAACUUUUGCUUUUUACAAACUGAUUGAUUCCUGCAAAAUUGAGGUGAAGCUCGACAUUCUUAACUUGAAAUGUCUGACCAACGUUAAGAAGUGAAGAAACAGUCUAAAAAAAUGUAUCUAAGCAAGUGACACGCACUGUAGCACGUCGACAUAUCACGAAUAAAGCGGUGAGAUUUAAUUGAUGGUGAUGAUGGUGGUAAAAUUUUGUUUGACAGCAACGUCCUUUGUAUCCUUUUUAGAAUUAAGUUCAACUUUUUGUUCCUCUCUUGUAUUCAUACUAAAACAAUUGUUUAUUUUUUAAUAUAAAUAUUUUAUUUUUUUUGUUUGCUGUGUAACUUGGUUGUAUAAUUUUUAAUAUAAAAAAUUAAAUACACACACACACAUCAGUGAACGAAAUGUGCGUUAUGACGUUCAGUUAAAAAAAAAAUAAUGUAAAUUAAAAAAAAAACACAUAAAAAUGGUUAAAAAACAUACUUUAAACAAAAACAUGUAUAAUGUUUAAAAGAACCUGACACAUGGUUAUUUUGAUAAAUUAACAAAACAAAACGAGGAAUAAGCCAUGUGUCCCAAAGUAUGCAAACUUUAGCUGAAUGAGACGCAACGGAUAUAACGUAACAGUGUACUAUAAAAUAUGAAACAUAUAUAAAUAUAUAUACAAACUAAUAUUAGGUAUUAUUUAAUUGAUAAAUAAAAAAUAAGAUGUUAUCACUAAGAAUAAUUAUUAUUAUUAAUAGAAAUGAUAAUAUGUUAAAUAAAAACAAAUUAAAAAAAAAAAAACAAAAAAAAACAUUAUAAUAAUUAUAUAAGAAAAAAAAACAACAAUAAGAAAAUAUGAAAAGAUUUUU